CUGGAGGUUAGUUCAAGAGCCGCAGGAGGCAGGAGGUUUCUCACAGGAGGACACAGAGGGACUUUUCUCUGAGGGACAUACUCACACAUCUACAGAUAUAUAACGCAGACUUUGGAUAAUCUCAAACCUGAUUUCUGGAAUUAUGAAGUCUCCAAAGCUGAAACCUCAAGCGAAGAUCGUGAACGAGGAGGACCUGAGCGACGUCCUGUGCGAGUUCGACGCGGUGAUGGAAGACUUCACGUCGCCGGUGGAGAAGCGACACUUCAGGUACUACGACGAACACCUGAAGACCAUGAAGAGGAGGAGCAGCGCGAGCGUCAGCGACAGCGGCAUCAGCGACUCAGAGAGUGCAGAGUCGCUCAACAGAAACAGCUUCAGCUUCAGUGAUGAGAGGCUCAACUCCCCCACCGUGCAGUCGCCUACCACCAGCUCACCCCCUCUUAUGUCACCAAAACCCAAACUGGGCGACACUAAAGAACUGGAGGACUUCAUCGCCGACCUUGACAGGACAUUAGAGAGCAUGUGACACGGAGGCUCACAGUCAUCUUGGAGUGUAGCCAUGAGGGAAGGAGGGAGUGGAUGUCUGGACCCCCCCCUGAGCAGCUAACAUGCGCCCCGGCCCCCACACCGAAAAAACCACCCAACAGGAUAGAGCUGGAUGGCACAGCAAGUGGCUCCACCACGGCAUCAACAAGCUCCUAAAGUUAACCCAGCAGUGCUCCACUGACUCCAGGCCACCUGGCUACUGGGCUGUAAGGACUGCAAGACGGGUCAAAAUUAGCAUUGUAGCAACCUGAGGACGAGAAUACUUCAGCCGCCAUGAUGUCAAGGACUCCAUGAGACGCUGUGAGGAAUGAAGACGCGGGAUAUACGCUGCAGAGUCACUGGAACAUUUAUUGUCACAAAUCACAGACCAGGUUUCACUCCCUCAUCCAAAACUUGAGCUGGAAGAGUAUUUAAAAAAUGGCUUUUUAUAAUAGAAAUAUAUUUGUAAUUUUAUAGAGCUUCUUAUUGUAAAUUUAUCAGUCUUUUUUUGGGGAAAUAUAUUUUUGUAUCAUAUGUAAAUAGUAAUUGUUCCAAAUUCUAUUUGCCUUGGUAUUAACAGGACGGUCAGAUUAAGAUUUGACACACGUUGACUGGAAUAAAGUUGGUUACAUGCUUAAAUGUGAACUGGAAACGUAAUCCCUUCUGAGAAAUAACUGGAAAGCAAUUUAUGUAUUUAAUACAGCUAAUGCCUGCCAGAGGUGAUAUUAAAGUAUGAAAUAUUGUUCUUUUAUUAA